AUUAUCGUAAUAUAUUGAGCAGCAUCCCGCCGACUGUCUGUCAACAAGUUAUCAUGAGUUACAAAGGUAACCUUUUGUUUUGGGUUGGCUGACUUGCUUUUGGAGCACCUGAGAAACAAUAUCAACAGACGAAUAAUUAUUAAUUGUUUCUAAUUGCAUGGGGAUUUUUUAUUUUUUUUUGUCAGCAUUAAGAAAACCUGUUUCUCAGUAGUGCUUUCACCACCUAAUUGAUAUACAUUUUUCUUUUUUAAUCCAAAAAGAUGUGGACUUUCCUGGGAAUAGCGAGCUUCACAUACCUUUACAAAAAAUCCAGCACAGACUUGACUUUGGCUCACAGAGAGUUUGUGAUGGCCGCAGCCCUAUUUCUUACAGUCGGGCUGCUGCUCUCAUAUAUCAGGUAUUUUCACGGCCAGAAGCUCAGAGUCUCUCAGGUAUUUCAUUUGCCUCUGAGCCUCUUGUCUUUUUUACCUGUCAUCAAUCACUUAAUCCCCCAAACUUCAACUCAGAGGAGCGAGAAAGCAGAGAACAACUCUAAAAAGAGCCGGAGAACAAGGAAAAGAGUGGAUAUAGACUCCUCUGCCUCACAGAGUGCCUCAGCCAGUGGCUCCUCAGUGGCCCCGGAGCCAGAUGUGGUGAUAGUUGGGGCCGGGGUCCUGGGCUCAGCUAUGGCGGCCGUCCUAGCCCGGGACGGGAGGAGGGUGACGGUGGUGGAGAGGGACCUGAAGGAGCCUGACAGGAUAGUGGGGGAGCUGCUGCAGCCUGGAGGGUACAGGGCGCUCAAAGAGCUGGGACUGGAAGGUUCAGUGCAGGGUCUGGAUGCCCAUCUGGUGAACGGCUAUGUGCUCCAUGACACAGAGAGCAGCACAGAGGUGGAGAUCCCCUACCCUCAGGCGGAGGAAAGCAUCCAGUGUGGACUCGCUUUCCAUCACGGUCGAUUCAUCAUGGGCCUGAGGAGAGCCGCCCUGUCUGAGCCAAAUGUCACAUUCAUAGAAGGCACCGUGACCAGUUUGCAGGAAGAGGACGGCUGUGUAACCGGUCUCCAGUACAAGGAUAAAGAAACUGGAGACAUCAAGGAAGUCCAUGCAGCACUGACUGUGGUGGCCGAUGGCUGUUUCUCCAGAUUCAGAAAGAGUCUGGUCUCUGGGAAAGCUCACAUCUCCUCUCACUUUGUUGGAUGCCUUAUGAAGGACUGUCCCCAGUUUAAAGCCAACUAUGCAGAGCUGGUGCUGGCCAACCCGAGCCCGGUGCUCAUCUACCAGGUCUCCUCCUCACACACCAGAGUGCUCGUGGACAUCAGGGGGGAGAUGCCUCGCAACCUCUCAGAGUACAUGGCUGAGAAGAUACACCCACAGCUGCCAGAGCAUUUAAAGGAGCCUUUCAUGGUGGCGCUGCAGAACGAUCGACUCAGGUCCAUGCCUGCCAGCUUCCUCCCUCCCUCCCCUGUCAACAAGCCAGGUGUGCUUCUCCUGGGCGAUGCUUACAACAUGAGGCAUCCUCUGACGGGAGGAGGGAUGAGUGUUGCUCUCAACGACGUUCGCAUCUGGAGGAGUCUGCUCAAGAACAUCCCGGAGCUGUAUGACGACGGGGCGAUGCUGCAGGCAAAGAAAAAAUUCCACUGGGAACGCAAGUCAUCACAUUCUUUCGUGGUGAAUGUGUUGGCCCAGGCCCUGUACGAGCUGUUUGCAGCCACCGACAAUUCUCUUCAUGACCUGAGAAAAGCCUGCUUCCAGUACUUCAAGCUUGGUGGAGAGUGCAUUUCCGGGCCUAUUGGACUCCUCUCAGUGUUGACACCCAAACCCAUGACGCUUAUUGGACACUUCUUUGCUGUGGCACUGUACGCAGUCUACUUCACCUUCAAGUCUGAGUCGUGGAGCACUAAACCUCGAGCUUUUUUCAAGAGCGGAGCCAUCCUGUACCGAGCCUGCACAGUCAUGUUUCCACUCAUCUACUCUGAACUCAAGUACCUGGUGUAUUGAGGAGCACUACAACCGGACACAGAAAGACCAAAGCCAGCCUAAGGUCUUCACAGACCUACGGCUUAAUUGGAAGCAAAACAAAAGUAGUAGUUUCGAGGUUUGCCUUCCUCCUGAAAAAGGCAAUGUUGCCAUCUUAACCUAUGAUUUUACUACUGAGGACUUUCUACAAUAUGCCCCUGUCUUACUGGAGAUGUCACUGUCUUAAUGUCCUCCUUAAUGCCUUGUUUCAAUUUGGACAUAGUUUGCAACAGUGCCUUGGUGUAGCCCUGUUUGUGCUCACCCACACAGUAUGUCCUAUAUGCUAGAGGAUUGCAACAUACAGCGUAUUAGCCCACACCCUGAAUUACACUGAAUAUUCAAUAUUGUGGAAUUAUUCCUGCCAUUCCAACAGAACUGCUAUGUGCAACAUGGCAUCUGCAUUUUAUAAUAAUGAUGGAUUUAGCAUUAGAGACACUUUUCUGCUGUAGAUUUUCCUGUUGAGCUAAUUUGGGCUGUAUUUAAUAAGAGAAACGUCCUGAAGUGAUAUAUUUUAUCGCAAGAAUCCCUAAUUUUAAACCUGAAGCACUGAAGAUGUGAUGUCAUAAAACAGCAAACUGUCAAAACGAUUGUCUUAUGUUGCUUGGGAAAACGUCUGCGGUACUUUAUUUGUCACAUACAUUCUUUCCUGUAAUGAUAGUUUCCUGCCUUCCUGUUAUUAUUGCUCUUUACAUAUUGUGAGAAGGGACUUUUUGUAACACAUUUUAGUCCUGCUGGAUGUCAGUAAAGAGCUGACACAGCAUGCUCCCUGGGGGACGUUUGGGUUACCUGAGAUCGAAAGGAACGAUGCUCAUAUCAGGACCAAGUCAGUGGAUGAUGCUCAGGUGUUGUGUGUCCUGAGCUGACACAGACUAGGAACUCCUGAGCUGUAAUUUACCACAGCUUCCCGCACUGUUGUGUUUACCUGUUCCUGCGGUGGGCUCGAUGGGCCGUUAAAUAAAUCAUACAUCAUA